AUUUUCUCCUCGUGGGGAUAUUGUCUCUGCAGAACUUGUAAUCGUCUUGUUAUCAAUCAGAGGCUGUUGCCCCUGUUGCCAAACUGUAACUUUCGGCUCUGACUUUAUUUAGCAUCGAGCUUCGAGCGAUCGAUUCUUUGGAAGUCAAAGUCGUUCGGUAUCCUAACCUCAAUUUCUCCGUGCCGUUCUCUGUGCCUCUGCGUUCUCUUCUCUCAUCUCUCUCUUCCUCAAGCUCUUCCGGUUAGACACGACUGUUGGAUAUUUCCAACAUACAUUCACUCCUGACACUGAUGCAAGUCCUCGUAGGACUGACUCAUCAUACAUUUUACUAAGAGGCACAGAUUAUGACUCUUAUUUAUUUUUAUAAAUAGACUACGUCUAUCUUCAGACCCAAGGUCUCAAUUGUAAUCAGGAGGGAGAACCUGCAUUUUAUAAUUUAUGGAGUGUGUUUAUGAUGAAUCAUAUCCCCUACAUAUGGUCUAACCUGUGUUAAGUAUUCCAUAUUUAUUACCUCAAAAAUCGAGAUCCUCUUUUUAAAGGAGUCAGAAGAUCUACCAUCACAUUGUAAACACUUUCACCGUUCUAAUGAAGGCAUCACGUAUUAUGUCCAUCCUAAAAGUGGGUAAACAUACUUGGUAUGGAGUUGACUUCAGAGCCUAUCAAGUUAGCUGGAGGAGCCUCUUGCAGAACAAGAACGUUGAGAUGCUUCCCACCAACAGCUGAAUUUAUCAACUGAGGACAAUGUCGAGAGCUCGCCAACAGAAUCAUUGGGAAGUUGGAUGCAGGAGCUGAGUAUGCAAGUCAGGAUGACCAUCAAGGGUUGGCUGCGACCCUCCAGUCAUUAAAUGAGCUUGGUGAUAUGCAAGUCAGCAUUUUAGGAAAUUUACAAGAAACUGAACUGAAAACUUCGUUGAUUCAGCUGUAUGAGCACCUCCUGGAUUUUACUGUGUUUCAUGAAGGAGGUACUGAAAAUGACAAUGAAAAUGAAAUUCCACAACUACAGGAGAAUUCUUUUGUCUUAAGAAAUGGCAUGCCUGGAAGACCAAGCAUCAUUCUUGAUAGCAAUCUUGUUAAUUAUUACAACACAAAUGGUCUUAGCAAGAAGGAAAUUGCGAAAGCUUUCAAAGUGUCACGCAGAACCUUAUACCGUAAAGUUGGUGUUGCAAAAAUGCCCACAUUAAGUGAUGAAGAUCUGAGGAAUUUGAUCAUAGAGAUGAAAGAGGAAGAUCAAAGUUGCGGUCAACCAUACAUCACAGGUGAAGUCAGAGCUCGUGGUUACUACAUCUCUCGCCACAGGAUUCGGAAACAAUUAAGAAUUGUCGAUCCUGUUGGAAGUGUUCGAAGACGCCGAUUUAUUGCUAGAAGGAGGCGGUAUCGAGUUAGAGGGCCGAAUUAUUUGUGGCAUAUGGACGGAAACGAAAAGCUACAACUAGUGGGCAUGUACAUCCAUGGUCUUGUCGACGGGUACAGCCGUAAAUGUUUAUCUUUGGUGAUCUCGAACAACAAGAAAGCUGGUACUGUAAAGGAGGCGUUCAAAACAGCAACUCAGCAAUUUGGAUGGCCAAAAAGGGUCAGGAGCGACAAGGGUUUGGAAAACAUAGGUGUUGCAAGGUGCAUGCUAGAGCGCCGAGGGCCAGAGACGAAACCUUUCAUCACAGGUCGAUCGAUCCACAAUGUGCGCAUCGAAAGAUUUUGGAGAGAGGUCAAUAAAAUUACGGAACGCUUCAAGGUUUUAUUCAGAAACCUUCAAGAAAUUGAAGCUUUAGAUCUAAAUAAUGAAGAGAAUUUUUUUUAUUUGCAGUAUAUUUUUAUUCCUGUAAGUAAUUCAAAAGUUUUUAAGUCGAUUUGCAUUGCGAUGGAAUGCCUAUGACAUUAGAACUGCUAAAAACACCGCCCCUAAUAUUUUAUUCAACCGUGGUGAGAAAUCACCUGAUGUGGAGGGAGAGUUUGAAUCCUCAGAGGAUGACAGUGAUGAUGAUGAAAUUCUAUUGAACGAAACAGAACAACUUUGGCGCGAGAGAGCAGAAACACUUUGUCCAAACCCUGCAGAUUUCAGCGAGUAUGAAUCAGUUGAGAACUUCGUCAAUCUGUGCCAUAUUAUUUAGUUUAUGAAGUAACUUAAUUCCUCAUGUACAUAGAGGAAAAAAAGGAGGUGUUUGCAUUUCAGGCAUCUUGGAAUUUUUUGAUGACUUGAUGACGCA